AUGGCUGAUGUAGGUGGCUGGAGCACCAUCGAGUCAGACGAGGGUCUCUUCACCUCUCUGAUCGAAACACUUGGAGUAAAAGACACGCAAUUCGAAGAGCUCAUCUCCCUAGAUGCAGACACGAUACGGGCACUAGGUCUACGGCGUAAUCUUCCUCUUCAAAUGGACCCGCGAAGCUUCCGGCGCACGCGCCGAAGCCCCCUAGACGGAACCUACGACCCCGCCGCAACAGACAAGCUCUUCUUCGCGGCGCAGACGAUCCAAAACGCCUGCGGCACGCAAGCGAUCCUCUCCGUAAUCCUCAACCACGACGACCCAGCAUCGCCACAGCCAGCAAUCGAGCUCGGUGACGAGCUGCGCUCCUUCAAAGACUUCACAACGGGGUUCCCGCCCGAGCUGCGCGGCGAGGCGCUGUCGAACUCGGAAGCGAUCCGCAGCGCGCACAAUAGCUUCGCGCGCGCGAGCCCGUUCGCCGACGAGACGGCGCGUCCGCAGGACGACGAGAAGGGUGCGGACGUUUAUCACUUCAUUGCUUAUACACCGGUCAAUGGGACGUUGUAUGAGUUGGAUGGGCUGCAGCCGCAUCCUAUUAGCCAUGGUCCGUGCGGCGCGGCUGAGUUUCCCGAGAGGGUUAUUGAGGUUCUGCAGAGGCGGAUUGCGCGCUACCCGCCUGAGGAAACGCAUUUUAAUCUUAUGGCUGUUGUGAGGGAUCCGCGUGGGAGGGCGAGGGAGAUUGGGGAUGUGGAGACGCUGGAGAGGGAGGAGAGGAAGAGGGCGGCGUGGCAGUGGGAGAAUACGCUCAGACGGUGUAAUUUUGGGGUUGUCGGGGUUAAGGAGAAGGAUCCGGAGGGGAAGGCUUAUGGGGAGUGGGUUGAGGGUGCGAAGAAGGAGACGAGGAAGAAGCUUGAGAUGCGGAGGUAG